AUGGCCCUGCCAACUGCACAGACGACAGAUUCACAUGUCUUGCACGAAAAACGGACGAAUACUCCACGAGAGUGGCGUCGAGGCGAUCGUGUGAACGAAGAUGCUCUUCUUCCCAUCCGGAUUGGUUUGGUGCAGUCGAACCUGGAUGAUGCUUAUGAACAUCUUAUGGACGUGAGCCAUCCUGCGUCGCCGAACUAUGGAAAACACUGGAAGGCUGAGGAUGUGCAUGCAAUGUAUUCGCCAAGUGAGGAAGCGGUUGCUGCCGUGAGAGCAUGGUUGGAGAGUGAGGGAGUUGGUGAUGUUGUGCAUUCUGAUAAUAAGGGCUGGCUGGCGUUCGACAUUCCUGCUUCUCAGGCAGAAGCUCUGUUCUCCACAGAGUACUACGAAUUCGAACACAAGAUGUCAACAGACAAGAUCAAGGUUGGAUGUGAUGGCUACCACGUUCCUGCGGAUUUGGCCCACCAUAUCGACUAUAUCACACCUGGAGUGGCACUUUCUCCUGCUCUCGUGAAAAGGAGCGUCGAUGUCCUUGACAAGCGCGCACAUCCUGCAGAUAAAUGGCUUAGCGGCAGACCAGGACGUCGUCUAUCGCACAGAGCCGCGGCGCCACCUGCAAUCUCUCACUUGCAAACACGUCAAUCUAAUAUCUCUUCCAAUCUUUCGCGCUGUGCGACCAGGAUUACUCCCGCUUGUGUGAAGGCUCUGUAUGGCAUUCCCGACGCGCCAACUGAGGUGGACGACGUCAAUGCUCUUGGUGUCUUCGAAGCUAGCGACGCAUACGCUCAAGCCGACUUGGACCUGUUUUUCCAACUGUACGCACCCCAUAUACCACAAGGAACUCAUCCAACGCUCAACUCGAUCGAUGGAGGCCAAGACCCCUCCAGCCCAGAUGCUCCAGUGUACGGGGAAUCCGAUUUCGACCUGGAAGUUGCUUAUUCCUUGAUCUACCCACAAAAAAUCAUUCUCUACCAAGUAGACGACUCCACCUACGUCAAUUUGGACUCAAAAGUAUACUUCAAUUCCUUCCUCGACGCCUUAGAUGGAUCCUACUGCACAUACUCUGCGUAUGGCGUGACGGGCAAUGACCCCGCGAUCGAUUCCAUGUAUCCCAACCCCGCCGAAGGAGGCUACAAAGGCGAUUUGAUGUGCGGAACGUACAAGCCCACGCGGGUCAUUUCUAUCAGUUAUGGAGUCAGUGAAUUCGACGCACCCUUGAAUUACACCAAACGGCAGUGUAACGAGCUUUUGAAGCUCGGUCUACAAGGUGUGACGUUCGUCUGGGCUUCGGGAGACGAUGGUGUUGCGGCUUUUCAUGGCGACGAUAGUGCUUCGGGAUGUCUGGGGAAAGAUGAAAAACUGUUUAAUCCUCUCUUUCCGACAUGUCCGUAUGUGACCAGUGUGGGCGGUACGCAGCUGUGGGCUGGACAGACGUUGUCGGAUCCGGAAUCUGCUUUGGCAGGUCCUUUGGAACACGGAGGCACGGCUUACAGUGGGGGUGGAUUCGCAAAUUAUUUUCCAGUCCCGGAUUACCAACAGUCAGCUGUUUCGACAUACUUCCAAAACCACGACCCCGAUCUCCCCUACUACACCGCCCGCAACGACUCCGUUGGGAUCACCAACAUGGGCGAAAACCACGGCCUCUACAACCGUGCCGGACGCGGUACCCCCGACGUCUCAGCCACCGCCGGUCCAUUCCAAUUGAUUUACAAUAAGCAACAUGUCGCCUUGUAUGGGACUUCGUUUUCGGCGCCAGUUUGGGCCGGUAUCAUCACGAUGAUUAAUCAGGAACGGACGAAUGUUGGAAAGGGGCCUGUGGGGUUUAUUAAUCCGGUGUUGUAUGCGAAUCCUGGGGUGUUGAAUGAUGUGGUGAAUGGGUCGAAUCCUGGGUGUGGGAGUGAGGGUUUUAAGGCUGCGGAGGGUUGGGAUCCUGUUACUGGACUGGGAACGCCGAAUUAUCCCAAGUUGUUGGAGUUGUUUAUGGGUCUGCCUUGA